AUGCAGUCUUUGUGUAAGAGUUUAAAAAAUGUUGUAAAACUUUCCCGCAUUAAUGUGGAAAAGGGCUACUCUUGCUCAGGAUGCCAAUUGCAUGCGCUGGUAACCGACACCAUUUAUGUGAAUCAGUUACUCUCUGUGGCUUGUUUGUCUUUGGCUGCCAAGACGGAGGAAACUGAAGUCCCUUUAUUGCUUGACUUACAGAUCGAAUCGAAAUAUGUUUUUGAAGCUAGGACUAUUCAAAGAAUGGAGCUUCUUGUUCUGAGCACUCUCAAAUGGAGGAUGCAGGCAGUCACCCCUUUCUCUUUCAUAGACUAUUUCCUUCACAAAUUCAAUGAUGACAAUUCCCCAACCAAGCCAUUGAUCUCUCGAGCAGCUCAGCUAAUAUUGAGCACCGCUAGAGGAAUCGAGUUUUUAGCGUUCAGGCCUUCUGAGAUUGCAGCAGCAUUUGCAAUGUCAGUAUUGGGAGAAACCCAAAUGGUGGAUAUUGAAAAGUUUUCAUCCUUUUGCAACAAUGUAGACGAAGAGAAAUUGCUGAGAUGUUAUGAAGUUGUACAGGAGGUGAUACUUAUGAAGAGUAUGGGCCUAAAGAAUGCAAGUAGUCUAUCAAUUUUCUCUGUGCUGAGCCCAAAUUGGGUUUUUGAUGCUGGAUGCAGCUUGACCUAUGACAGUAAGGAAAUGGCCGUCGAUACUCAUGAAAAUUCGAAGUUACAGUCUUUUCAGGCUGCAAACCAGCAUGAAUUUUGUCUCAAAAGAAGAUUUUGA